AUGGCGAUGGACAAAAUAAUUAAGCCCGAUGAACAGGACUAUAUUUCACCGCUGAUCUCUUUUAGAGAUUUCAAAGAAAAAGCUUUAGCAGCUCGCGAUGGCUUGCGUGAUGCACUUAAGUUGCCAUCUGUCCGUGCAUUCGUCUACCCAGAUGAUAUACCCGAAGAACCACCGCACAUGGUCGGUAAACUGGGUGGUGCAUUCGACAGAGCGUUCGAACGAGACGAUGAAGAGAGGAUACGAGGCAUCGUUAAGGUUGGUAUCCCGCAUGAUGAGGCCACAACUUCAUUAGCUGCAUUAAGGAUGGCUGAUGAUUUGGCUGAGGCGAAUAAACGAGAUGUUUUCUUUCGACGUAAUGUUGAGAUUGAUGACCUACCGACAGAAACAACUCUAGAAACACUUAAAAUCCGAGCGAAGGCACUCGAACAGUUGAAACCGCUGAAGAAGCCGUUUCGUCGAACACAAGAUGAAGUGUGA